UAUAAUACAUACACAACCUCUCAUGUACAACACUUAUCAUGCCGUCCCUAUUUGAUCUCAUGCAACCCCUGCAGAGCGCAGGGUACGAAGUGUCUACUUGCCAGGCUGCAGGUCCUGUCCCCGGCCCGGCCAGGAGUACCGCCACUGGUCUUGGAAGAUUGUAAAUAGCCCUGGAGAUGAUGAUACUAGCCAAUGCAUGUCUCACCUUGAGCAACAAGUAUCCAAGCUGCACUCUGUCCUAUUCUUCUAUUGGGGAUCUGUUUACCCCGAGUUUCUAUUCCUUCCUUACCUUUAGUAUAGUUGCAAUGGGUUUCGUGGUUCACUGUGCGCUCUUCACAUUCAUUUGCCUGCGCGUUGUUCUAGGCUUGACGCCUCCUGCACCAUACCCUAUACCUGACGAAGUCAACGACGAGGCGCUUGCCGCGCUCACUGAUCCCGCGCAACCCGCCACGGGUGUUGCAUACUUUGAGCAGUAUAUUGACCAUGAUAAUCCGGACUUCGGUACUUUCAACCAGACUUACUGGUACAAUGCGACAUUCUGGAAAGGCCCGGGAUCUCCCAUCAUCAUCUUCACGCCUGGGGAAGUUUCUGGUACGGGCUACCUGUCCUAUCUCACAGAUGAUGCUCUCACCGGUUUGAUCGCUAAAGAAGUUGGCGGCGCUGUUGUCAUGGUUGAGCAUCGGUAUUGGGGCAACAGCACUCCAUACGAGAUCCAGUCGACAAAGAACCUUCGGUUCUUGAACCUAGACCAAGCCGUUGCUGACUUUGUCAACUUUGCUCGAACUUCUGAGCUUCCGUUCGACGCGAACAGUGCAUCAAACGCUCCAGGAGCGCCGUGGAUAUGGGUUGGCGGUUCUUAUUCCGGCGCCUUGGGUGCCUGGAUUCAAAGUCUUGCGCCUGGGACAUUCUGGGCAACGCAUUCUAGCAGUGGUCCUGUUGAGGCCAUUUUCGACUAUUGGCAAUACUUCUACGAAAUUCAGCAGGGGAUGCCCAGAAACUGUUCCAUAGAUUACUCGGCCAUUGUCGACCACGUCGAUAAUAUAUUCACGAACGGAUCGUCUGAAGAGCAAGCGGAUCUGAAAGACUUAUUUGGUCUCCAAUAUCUCGCAUAUCCAAGCGACGUAGCUGCGUGCGUGCCUCAUCAUUGUCUCUGUUCCAAUCUACUAAUGAAAGAUGUCAGUGCUAUAUCCUCGCCUAUAUGGGCAUGGCAAAGUAUUCAGCUAUAUUCUGGCUAUUCUGCAUUCUACCAGAUGUGUGACGCUAUUGAAGGUGCCUCCUCCAACACGUCCAUCUCGAUCAACUCCACUGGAGUGGGCCUCGAAAAAGCACUCCCCAACUUUGCCAAUUGUGCCGGAUAUGGCUAUCAUGAGUGGGAAAGCAACGACAGUGUGGCAUGCUUCGACACCUAUAAUGCCUCCAGUCCCAUGUUCACAGACCAAACUGGAGCAAACCCGUUUGACCGCACAUGGGUUUGGAUGACGUGCAACGAUCCUUUUUUUUACUAUCAAACCGGCGCCCCUGUGGAUCAGUCAACUGUCUUCUCCCGUUUAGCCAAUGCCGAAUACUGGCAACGUCAGUGCGAGCUGUUCUUCCCCCAUGAAGGCAAAUACACCUAUGGGAGUGCCUUGGGCAAGACUGCUGCUGACAUCAAUACUCAUACGAGGGGCUGGCAACUACCGGAUUACUUGAACUCCAUCUCCCGGCUUCUCUGGGUAAAUGGCGAGUACGACCCGUGGCGGUCGGCUUCCGUGGCCAGUGAAUUCCGGCCCGGCGGUCCCUUAGCUUCUACGAUAGACGUACCCAGCAUUCUCAUCCCCGGCUCACGUCAUUGUAACGACCUUCGAGUGAGAAAUGCUGUAAACCAGGAUAUUAAGAAGGCUCAGGCAGAUAUUGUAGCCCAAAUGACGAAUUGGACGAAUGAAUUCUACCAAACUACCAACACUGGACGGGGUACGAAGAUUAGUGAGGCUUCAGAAGGUCAUUAUAAUUGAAACAUAUGUAGUAUUUAUAUUCUACGGCCUAUCUAAAGAAAGUAGCCACCAUUUCCGAGCAAGUCAUUAUCUUUUCUGCGGUGUAGACUUCGCUCGCUACCUACCUAACCUAUAAUAUUAGCAAAAGUCGUCUCAGGCGCGCUCUAGUCAUCCCAAGUAGCCUACCUCGACGAUUGACAAGUACCCCGUCGAACACUAGCUCAUCGCGUCGUCUCUCUCUCGGAUGAUGGUGUAAAUCACACAAUGCCAAGUCAGCAGCGCUGAAAAUUACCUAUUUCAGCGAGGUAUAAUGACAGAUUAAGUUCAUCUACAUGGGUAUAA